CGUGUCAAUAGAAAGUUUUAGCGCGGUUUGUUUACUUAGCAGUCUAUAUUUCAAAUCGUAUUCAUGCUCACGUCUCUAUUUUAACAUUUCCUAAUAAGGAAUGGCAUCCAAAGCCAUGUAUUCGCCAAGCGACCCUGCGCUGAAGAAGCGAGAUGAUUUCGAGGAUAUUUUGGAGGAGAGGCGGAACUCCAGCGAUCUGAGAUACGCGCUAAAGUGUUACACCCCCGUCAUGUAUAAGGGCCUGACUCCGUGCAAAGCCAGCAUGCUGAAAACACUAGUGCUUCAGUCCGAUGCACUACAGUACACCAUCAACCAGGUAGCUGUGGAAUCGGGUGAGACGGCCGCUGUGGUCCAGGAGGAGGCUGUACUCAUCCUAGAGGAGAUGGCUCAUCGUCUUCAGCUGCGAACUGUCCGCUUCUUAGCCUUCGCACUCACCAAAGCCUUCAAAAUGCUCUACCGCAGUGUGUUUGUGAACGAAGAGGGGAUUCAGAGACUCCAGCAGGCCAUUCAGGAGUAUCCUGUCGUUCUACUUCCCAGUCACCGUAGUUACAUGGAUUUCCUCAUGAUGUCAAACAUCCUGUACACGUACGACCUGUCUCUGCCUGUGAUUGCUGCAGGCAUGGAUUUUAUGGGGAUGAAAGUCAUUGGCGAAUUGUUGCGGAAGUCUGGCGCGUUUUUCAUUCGACGCUCAUUUGGAGGAGACAAACUCUACUGGGCGGUUUUCUCAGAGUAUGUGAAGACCAUGCUUAGGAGUGGAUAUGCACCAGUCGAGUUUUUCCUGGAAGGCACACGAAGUCGAACAUGCAAGUCGCUGACACCUAAACUGGGCUUGCUGAACAUUGUCAUGGAGCCCUUUUUUAAAGGAGAAGUAUUUGACGUCCAUCUUGUCCCUGUCAGCAUUAGUUACGAGAGAAUUCUAGAAGAAUCUCUGUACGCUCGCGAACUGCUCGGUGUCCCUAAACCCAAAGAAUCCACCUCAGGUCUGUUGAAGGCACGGCGGAUCCUCAGCGAGGACUAUGGCAGCAUGUACGUGUAUUUUGGACACCCCGUGUCCGUCCGCUCCUUGGCCCAAGGCCGUGUGAACCGCGCCCAGUACAGCUUAUUACCCAGACACGUUCCGCAGCGUCCAGAUGAAGAGACACAGGCGUUUGUGAACGAGGUGGCGUUCCGACUGGUCCGUCUGCAGGAGGAGAACAUGUUUCUGAAGCCAUGGGCUCUGAUGGCCACGCUGCUCGUGCAGAACCCGGAGGGACUGGACCUCCCGUGGCUGAUGGAACGGCUGGACUGGCUCAGAGCGCUGGCCGUGUCCUUCGGAGCGUUUCUGGACUGGCCCGCUCACGUGUCUGUCAGUGAGGUGUUGAACUCCAGUGUGGCCAUCCACAGCAAUCUGGUGUGUGUGUCUGGUGGUCGGCUGGUGCUGGUACCGGGAGACAGGGAAGCUACGGAGACUCCAGAGCAGGCUGUGUUUAACCGUGCCGUCAGCCUACUCGCUUGUGCCUCCUACAGGAACCAGAUAUUACACGUCCUGCUGCGCCCAGCUCUACUCGCCACAGCAAUGCUCACUGCUGCCUCCUCCAGGAGAGAGGACGUAUAUAGUUCGUUCAGCUUCCUGAGAAACGUUUUCUCCAACGAGUUCAUUUUGUGUCCUGGAGAAUCAGUGCAGGACUUUGAGGAGGCUUGUUAUCUUCUGGUGAAGUGUGGAGCGGUACAGAUGUUACAACAGGACGUCGUGGUAACAGAACAUGGUCAUGUGACUGUGGACUUCCUCUUUGCCGUUCUGAAGCCCUUCAUUCAAGGUUACCAGACUGUAUGUAGGUAUCUGUAUGAGGAGGCCAGUGAGAGUCUGAGUGAGAAACAGUUUGUUCCUGCCGUCAGAAACUUCGCUGUCAAACUCAUCCUAGCAGGUCGCCUGAAGCAUUAUGAGGUUUUAUCGUCUGAUUUGCAGAAGAACGCCCUGGCGGCUCUACUCAGGCUAAAGGCUGUGAGAAAAGUCAAAACAGGGGAACAGGUCAACCUGAAGGUUAACAAGACGACCGUGAGCUCGAUAGAAGAUACACUCGGAGGUAAAAUUCCUUCCCGAAAAGCUGUGUUGGCACGACUGUAAUUCUGGAUGGAAAACUCCGGAGAGUAAACUGCCUUUAUUAGCAUAUGCCAAACGUACCGCGCUGAGCCACGACACGACGCCUCAGCUUUUGCCGACUACAAAGGCUUGUUUGUGGUGGUUCUCUAAGAAGAGACUUCACUGAAACAUCAUCUGGGACUAUCUCCACAAGAUAAGAGCAUGCUGUC